CCAAAAUCAAAAGCGUUGAUUAUUUCUCUUAUCUUUGCAAUCAUACGCAGUGGGCUAGGUAAAUAUUGUUGGCGAACAUGUGGUGUGAUGUCAGAUACGACGCAUUACAUUGCGAUGUCGAUGACAGAUUCACAACAGCUAGCAUAAACACGACCUUGAUCGCGGAUAUAAGAGCGUGUGCAUUACCGCUGGUCCGUUAAACCACACAGAAGGUCCUACGCAGAAGUUUACGUGUCACUUGGCCAGUAUUCACCAUGAAAGGCAAGACGACGACAGGCGUACUGCUACUAUUUGCUCUCCUUGCUCUUGCUGGGGCUGACGAGAGUGAGCACCCGGACAGGUACUACGCGCCGAGAUGUUUCUGCACCGCCUACCUGCAGGGAAUUUGCUCAAACCCAUCCGCCUGCUUCGCGGACAAACGCUGGGAGCCUGACCACCAGUGCUACUGCUGCCGGGCGUGCGCUGCACUACAAGGGGACAUGAUGGAUACAUGUGGUGGCUACAACAUGUGGGCUGGCAGUUGUGCCAGUGACCUAUACUGUCAGUAUUACAAUGUUGAAACCUCUUCUUACAAGGAGAUUGAUCCACACACUGGUGAGGUUGGGACAUGCCUCAUCUAAACACACGUGCUAGCAAGAGAAAAUCCACGAAUAUAUUGAGUAUUAUAUAUAAUGAAUUAGGGCAUCCAUGUUGCUUCCAGCUAGCUAGAUCUACAUUCCAACUCCAGCUGAGAUAGGCUAGUGCAUUAAUCUAAAUGUGUACAUUUUACUGAUAGUAGCAUGACUAGUAAUAGAUAUAUACGUAAUGAAAAUCAAUGUGUGCAAUUCGAAUUUCACACUCGUCAGCUGUUCCUUAGGUAUUUUUCUUAGAUACUGGUAAUGGAUUAUUUCUGAACAACUUUUCAACUUUUCUAAAGUCGUGCAGACCUUGAAUUUCACAACUGCACCGACGUCAAGUGCAACGAUCACCCUCGCUUACCGCAGUGCCCCAAAACACUGGGUAAUGUCCAUGUCAAUUUUUUGGCCCGUACUAGUUUGUUAAUUCGUCUGAUUUACCUUCUGGUCCAGCUCAUUAUAAAAGUAUCUUUAUAGGCACGAUAGAGAAGCAAAAACAUAUUUAAAACCAUGAAAUAUCAGAUAGGAAUAGUACUUGGCAAUAAAAUGAAUCAUUAAUUUGUUGUGUACGGAGUCUACUGACAUGUAAAUACAGGAUUUGAUCAUUAAAUUGUCUAUGUCACAAAUUUUUAGAACCAGCAAGUAGAAUAUUUGUGUGUCAUUUGUACAAAAUAAAAUGUAUGAAAAUACAA